CCUUCCCUUUAUAUCUUCCCCUUCUAUGAAAGUGUGCUUGUGCUCAGCUCGUGUCCAUUACGUUGGUUUUAGGGUUUUUCAUUUGUUUACUCAUCUCGUUACUCUAGCUGUUACUGCACGAAAAGAGGAAAUGACGAAGUGUUACCCAACUGUGAGUGAGGAAUACCAGAAGGCGGUUGAAAAGGCUAAGAGGAAGCUCAGAGGUCUCAUCGCUGAGAAGAACUGUGCUCCACUAAUGCUCCGUCUCGCUUGGCACUCAGCCGGAACUUUUGACGUCAAGACCAGGACCGGAGGUCCAUUCGGAACCAUGAAGCAACCUGCCGAGCUCGCACAUGGUGCCAACAACGGCCUUGAUAUCGCCGUCAGGCUUCUCGAGCCGAUCAAGGAGCAGUUCCCUAUCCUUUCCUAUGCUGACUUCUAUCAGCUUGCUGGUGUUGUAGCCGUUGAGAUUACUGGUGGACCUGAAAUUCCGUUCCACCCCGGAAGAGAGGACAAGCCUCACCCACCUCCUGAGGGACGUCUUCCUGAUGCAACUAAGGGAGCUGAUCACUUGAGGCAGGUCUUUGGUGCUCAAAUGGGUCUCAGUGACCAGGAUAUUGUUGCUCUUUCUGGUGGCCACACCCUGGGAAGGUGCCACAAGGAGAGGUCUGGAUUUGAGGGACCAUGGACUACCAACCCUCUCAUCUUUGACAACUCUUAUUUCAAGGAACUCUUGUCUGGGGAGAAGGAAGGCCUUCUUCAGCUACCAACCGACAAAGUUCUCCUGUCUGACCCUGCUUUCCGUCCAUUGGUUGAUAAAUAUGCAGCUGAUGAGGAUGCUUUCUUCUUCGACUAUGCUGAAGCUCACCUGAAGCUCUCUGAGCUAGGAUUUGCUGAUGCAUAAGCUGGUGGCUGUAGAACAGGAUGAACCUAGAACAUUUUCCUCCACAGAUGGUAUUGGGUUUUUUUUUAAUCUCAAAGAAGUUGGUUAAUAGGCAGUUGUUUCUUGAAGAAUUUGGGUAUUUGCAGUUUUAUUUUGUUGAACGGAGUUUGUGGAGAUUUCCUAUGGAACUUGGGCUUUUUCUUGAUAAAUAAUAUACAAUUUCUUCGAAAUAA